UCCCCCAUAAAACCAAAUAAAUGCAACUCAUCAAAACAAGAAAAUUUAGAAGAAAAGACUUAUGGAGAAGUUAACUCUUGUGGUUGCUUUCUUGCUUCUUGCAUCAUUGAUUCAACCUCUCACGGCUCAGUCCGGUUGCCCAGGAGUGAGAAAAGACACAUGGCCAGAACUUCUUGGUGUACCAGCAAGAUUGGCUAGGGAAACAAUUCAAAAGGAAAAUCCAAGACUAACUAAUGUUGGAAAUGUACUAAAUGGUUCUCCUGUUACACAAGAUUUUAGAUGUGAUCGAGUUCGUCUUUUUGUUAAUGUUUUGGAUUUUGUUGUACAAAUUCCUCGGGUUGGUUAACGAGAAAAAAUAUUUAUUUGUAUCGACUGUAUACAACAACCAGCCCUAACAAUAAAAAUUGAAGCCCUAUGGUUAGUGCUCCGGGCUUGUAAUUCAAUAUUUGGUGAUAAAUAAAUGUGGCUUUCUUUUA